CAGAUGGUGCAACUUUCAGUCUUGCCAACAGGCGUCGUCGACCAGCCUGAGUUAAGCCUCAAACCACGAGUGUAAGAGCAGAACGAACGAGUUGUUUCACAGUCAGUCUGCACUUGUUUGAAAUCUGCACUGUUACUUUAAGGGUCGCCAGCCUUAAAAAUCGCCCUCCCCUCGGCAGUAGCGAGGACAAUAGACUUCUGAAGCUGAGCAACUUCCUCCUCGUAAAACGGAGAUGAACUGCUACAAUCCGAACUGUUAGCUCAGGAAGAAAAGUUUUCCCUUUUCAGCGUGGGUCUGGAGGCAGCAGAAGGAAGUGACAGAAAUCUUUCUUCAGCAUUGCUCGUGCUGUAGCUGGUAGCUCGCCCAGAAACAGGCUGGUUUCUAUUCAACUAUCAAUUCUCGACAAGGCUGGUCUUCUGACAUUUUCUCCAGAGAAUGCGCUACCCUGUUGAAGUUUAACUUGUCGUGCUUGAUAUUGAUUGGGGAGGGGUGAAAGAGAAAAUGGGCAAAUUCUUUUCAAAGAUAUUUGGAAGCAAGGAGAUGCGUAUUCUGAUGCUGGGUCUGGAUGCUGCUGGCAAGACCACGGUCCUGUACAAGCUCAAGCUUGGACAACCCACCACCACCAUCCCAACGGUCGGCUUCAACGUGGAAACAGUCACCUACAGGAAUGUCAGGUUCAAUGUCUGGGACGUGGGGGGGCAGGACAAGAUCCGGCCUCUCUGGCGCCACUACUACACGGGAACCCAGGGCCUGAUCUUCAUGGUGGACUGCGCUGAUCGGGACCGAAUCGACGAGGCCAGGCAAGAGCUCUACCGUAUCAUUAAUGACAGGGAGAUGCGCGAUGCUGUCAUCCUUAUCUUCGCCAACAAGCAGGACCUGCCCGAGGCCAUGAAGCCCCACGAGAUUCAGGAGAAACUGGGACUGACCAGGAUACGAGAUCGCAACUGGUACGUUCAACCUUCCUCGGCCACCACUGGAGAUGGACUCUACGAAGGGUUGACCUGGCUCACCUCUAACUUUAAGACAUAGAGUCCUACAGCAUGGAAACAGAUCCUUCAGCCCAACUCGUUCAUGCUAACCAAGAUGCCCCAUCUAGGCUUAUCCCACUUCCUUGCAUUUGGUCCAUAUUCCUCUAAACAUUUCCUAUCCAUGUACCUCCCCAAAUGUCCUUUAAUUGUUUUUAUUGUAUCUGCCUCGACUACCUCGUCUGGCAGCUUAUUCCAUAUACUCACCACCCUCUGUGUGAAAAAGUUGCACCUCAGGUUCCUAUUAGAUCUCUCCCCUCUCACCUUAAACCUAUGUUAUCUGGGUCUUGAUUCCCCAACUCUGAGUAAAAGACUGUAUUCACCCUAUCUAUUCCCCUCAUGAUUUUAUACACCUCUAUAAGUUUAUCUCUUAGCCUCCUGUGCUCCAAGGAAUAAAGUCAUAGCCUCGCCCUUUUGCUCAGGCCCUUGAGUACUGGCAACAUCCUCGUAAAUCUCUUCGGCACUCUUUCCAGCUUAAUGCAAUUUGAGAAGAAUGUUCAAAACUUCAUAGACUUUCUACACAAAAAAUUCCACACUCCCUGUUUUCAGCUUGGAGGUCUUGACGUGGAAUUGAUUCAACAUGGCCUCGGGCAGACUGUUUCUAGGCGCAAGUCCAUUGCAUCUUGAAAAGACUGCAGACACUGAAAUUUUGGUCAGGACACCUUGUGUUUUUUGCUUUAAAUUGGUAUGUGAUGAAUAUAAUUGUUUCUCCCUUGUACUGUUAAUGUACUAACAGAAGGGCUGAUACCCAGCUGUUCAGUUUAAAUUACUUUUAUUACAUUUUAAAGAUAAGCUACAGGAUGAAAAUGUUUUACUAAUUGAUUUCAGGUUAUAAAGUUCAUCGGAGGUUUCCUAAAAAGUAACUUUACACAAACUGUAUUUUUAAUUUGUCUCUGUGGUCAAACUCUUAAGCACCAUGUAGCGUUCAGAAUUUAUUUCGAGCCAUAGUCGUUAUAUGUCUGGGAGGAUUUUGUUUCGCAGAACAUAGAUUUUUUUAAUGUAUGAAAGACACAAAGUGUUGUAGUAAAUAAGUGGUCAGACAGCAUCACUGGAGAACAUGGAUAGGUGAAGUUUCAGGUCAGGACACAUCUUCAGACUUUUUAAUCUUUAUUUUGCAGUAGGAAUAUGUUAUUUCAUUUUAUAAAGAAUUGAAGAGAUUAAUCAUUUUGGUGACCCAAGAAACUGCAGAUGCUGGAAUCUUGAUCAAUACACAAAAUGCUGGAGGAACUCAAGAGAGUUAUACAAUAAUGUGUGGUGGUAAUGCUCCAGACAUGCUGCCUGACCAGCUGAGUUACUCCAGCAUUUUGUGGGAGUAACUCUAGUUGGAGUUCUGUAACACCCUCUCUCACUGCUCCCCCUGUGAUUCCUGCUGCUCUCCUGCUCUACGACUGUUCUGACCCAGACUUGCUACUAAAACCACAUGUGUUUCCUCAAUGCUUGCCUUUGCCUCCAUCUUGUGCCUCAUGGCCUCUAUCCUCCCAGUUUGGUGCCUGAAGAAGGGUACUGACCUGAAACAUCACCUAUCCUUGUUCUCCAGAGAUACAGCCUGACCCGCUGAAUUACUCCAGCACUUUGUCCUUUUUUUGCUGUGAUAUUACUGUUUUGUCACACUCCUGUUUAUGUGUAAAAUGUCAAAAUAUAAGACACAAGGUGUAUUUAUUUUAAUAAUCUUACAAAUUUGCUAUUAAUUCAGAAAGUAAUGUGAUUUCCCAUUAAACCAGAAAAGUACAUAACUGCAAAAA